UCUCCCACAACAAACACACACUAUAUUUUGCAGUUGCCGUUUUAUUCCCAUUCACACACACACAUAAAAACACACAGUUGAAUUUUAUUUUUCUCUGUUUCAUGCACAAAAUACAGAGAGAGCUCUGAAAUCACACAAACUCAUGCAGUUAUGAAAACGGAUCUUCAUAAACUGCCCAUAAUCCUCAAACCCUUCAUCCUCUUCCUCUUCGUCUCUCUCUCCGUUUUAGCCUUCCUCUCUCUCCAAACACCACAUCAAAUUCCGGCCAAAACCACCACCGCCGCCGCCGCCGACGACGCCGCCGAGGAAAAUCUGCCGUCCGAUCUGAAGAUCCGACCCGGAUACACCUCCUACGAAGAAUACCUCCAACGCCAGCUCAACAAGACACUCAACCCUAAACUCCGAGAAAUCUGGACCACCCGCGAUUGGGAUCGGAAAGUUAGGGUUUUCUCCGAUUUCUUCGCGAAUCUGAAGCAGAGGGAGCUAUUAUCCAACGGGUCGAAAUCGCUCUGCAUCGGGGCCCGGGUCGGGCAGGAGGUGGCCGCACUGAAACGGGUCGGGGUAUCCGAUUCGGUUGGGAUCGAUCUGGUGCCGUACCCUCCGCUGGUGGUGAAGGGCGACUUCCACAAACAGCCGUUCGGAGACGGAAUAUUCGAUUUCGAAUUCUCGAACGUGUUCGACCACGCGCUGUACCCGUGGAAAUUCGUUGGGGAGAUCGAACGGACGCUGAAGAGCGGCGGAGUAUGCGUGCUGCACGUGCUGCUAUCGCGGCGGGCGGAUAAGUACUCGGCGAAUGAUCUGUACAGUGUGAAGCCAUUGGAGAAGCUGUUCAAGAACUCGGAGCUGGUUGAACUCAGAGGUAUUGAUGGGUUUGGUUUGGAUACUGAAGUUGUUUUUAGGAAAAAUUAAAACUUAAUUAUUAUUUUUAUUAUUAUUAAACCAAAAAAAAAAAUCUUUUCUUUUUUAUUCAUAGAAGGGUAUUCUUGUAAUUUCACACUCAUUAUUCUUUCAUUUUUUUUUUCUUUAAAUAAUUUUUUUUUUUUUUUGUUGAGAUUAUUGUAUUAAAGCCUAAAGGGUGUCAAAUGGUGAAGAAAUUCAUUUGAACAGUUUUAUAUCUAUUUUCCUUUUUCUA